AUGAGCGAGGCCGGGGCGGCGGGCGCGGCCCCGGGGCUGCGGGUGGACGGGCUGCCGCCGCUGCCCCGGAGCCUGAGCGGGCUGCUGCACUCGGCGGCGGGCGGCGCGGCGGGCGGCUGGCGGCGCCUGGAGCGGCUCUACGCGCAGAAGUCGCGCAUCCAGGACGAGCUGAGCCGCGGGGCGGCGGGCGGCGGGGCGCGGGCGGCGGGGCCGCGCGCCCGGCCCCGGAACCUGGACGCCGCGCUGGCGCUGCUGCGCAAGGAGAUGGUUGGCCUCCGCCAGCUAGACAUGUCCUUGCUCUGCCAACUCUACAGCCUCUACGAGUCGAUUCAGGAGUACAAGGGAGCGUGCCAGGCGGCCGCCAGCCCGGACUGUGCCUACGUGCUGGAGAACGGCUUCUUCGACGACGAGGAGGACUUCCAGGUGCCGAGAUCCCUCCAGGAAGACGGGCGCCGAGGCCCCCCCGGGGACCUGCCCAUGGCCCCUCUCUCCUUCAGUGACUGGGGUCUGGAGUCCCUCUAGGACUGACAGACUCGCUCCACUUCCCUCUCACAGGAAAGCGCGGCUGCCCCUCUGUGGUGGACGGCCCUGGGUGCAGGGCGCAGGAUUUACGUGUGCGUGUGCACGCGGGGAGACCUCAGGGUGCUCACCUUGCGUCAGGCUCUGCCGUGGGCUUGGCGGGAGGCCUUCCCCGGCAUUUGCACGGGAGGCUGUGAGCGGGUCCUUUGUAAGCUCGGGUUCGGGGUUCCUGCUUCCGGUGUGUGCGGCCUGAGAACCGCCAGCUGCUGCCUCCCCAGCGUGCUGGUAUUAUACUUAAUGAGCUUUUAGAUCUGUUGUUCAGCUUUAUUCACUUGCAAGCUGCAUCGUUAAUUAUCCAGGUGACCUGCUGAGAGGGUUCCGCUCAGGCAGGCGUUUCUGCCACUCUGCCUUCCCCAGUUGAGUCCCUCGUAGUCCAUGAGGCUGGGGGCGGGGGCUGGACUGGGGUGUCAGUGCUUUGUCCUUAAAGACCGAUGUGAACCAGUUGUGCCACACAGCUGCUCCCCCCUGCCCCCCAGUGCUCACCACAAGCCUUAAUGUAUUUAUUAACAUGCCUUACAAACUCCACUUUGUAGUCAACACGAGGAUAAACGUG